GUUAAAAUAAAUAUUUCGAGGCUAUUGUGUCGAAAAUGCAAUAUUACAGACUACGCCACCAAUAUCACUCAAUUCAACUAUUAACUGUGAAAAAAAUGGAGGAAGAGAAGAAAGAGGAGGAGAAACGAGAGGUAUGGAUACGGAGUUGGGGAGCCGGCACAGACGGGCAGUUGGGCACAGGAAAGGAGCAGGACGAGUGGCUUCCCCAAUUUGUGCCCUCCUUGGCCACCCUCGCCAUUUCCUCCAUUUCUUGUGGGGGUGCUCAUGCUCUCGCCCUUCUCAGAGGCGGGGGCGUGGUAUCUUGGGGUCGUGGAAAAUCAGGCCAACUUGGUCAUGGAGAUUCUGAGAGCAUAAUUAAACCAAAGUUGAUAAAGUCUUUGGAAAACAUUGUUAUUUGCUGCAUGUCUGCUGGAUGGAGUCAUUCAGCUUUUGUUUCAGAAUGUGGACAACUUUUCACUUGUGGAGAUGGUACAUUUGGACAGCUUGGGCUGGGUCAUUUUGAUUCUCAGCAUUUUCCAUGUAAAGUAUUAGCUUUUGAAACCAAGCACGUUUCUAUGGUGUCUUGUGGUAUGCGACACACACUAGUCUUGGCGAAAGGGAUAUCAGAUUCUUCUGUUUUUGCUUUUGGUUCGGCUAGGCAUGGACAAUUAGGUGCUGCAGCUAGCUGUCAAAAUCUGAAUGGUCCAAAUUCUUCAAGAAAAGAAGCCAGAUGUAUCAAUAUUCCUGUGCGUGUCAAGGAUCUGGACAUCCAGAAUGUUGUAUUUAUUUGUGCAAAUGGUGAUCACAGUUCAGCCUUGACAGAAAAUGGUCAUCUCUAUGUUUGGGGAAAAGGAUUUGAUGGGAAUUCAGAUAUAUCUGUCCCUAUGUUAGCAACAACAACAUUAAGAUUCUGCCAAGUAGCUCUUGGUUGGAACCAUGGCAUGGUGCUCACAGAUGAUGGUAAAGCAUACAUGUGGGGAGGGUCUCAUCAUGGCAAACUUAGCAUGAAGAAAGAAAACAUGAUGAAAGCAGACUCAAAUGUUUUAGGUUGUCUAUCUACUUGUGACCUCUUCAAAGAUGAGUUGCAGCUGAGAAAAACAAAUGGUCAAGUUGGAGAUAGCCUUGCAUUUCAAAGAAUCAGUUUAUUGGGAGAAACAAAAAUAAAACAAAUUGCAGCUGGGGCUGAACAUUCUGCCAUAAUAUUAGAGAAUGAGGUUGUGAUGACAUGGGGUUGGGGUGAGCAUGGUCAGCUUGGACUAGGGAGCACAUGUGAUUAUCAAUGUCCACAAACUGUUUCGAUUUCCAUUCCAUCUCGUGAUGAUCAAAAUAAUCAUGCAGUCUAUUGUGGAAGUGGAUUUACUUUUGCAUUAAGAUUUUAACCUUGAUAUCUAUAUAUAUUGUAUUCUUGUGUAUUUUUACAGUAUCUUCUUGAUACCUGUAGAUAAAUAAUAUUACAGUAUAACAAUUUUGUAGCUUUCAAAAGUAUUUCUGCGUGUCAAGUGUUUUCUAACUAGAAGAGGCUCGUGUGUGUAGGAUGAAAAAUUGCAGGAAAUCAUUGUAAAAUUGGGAAAUAUUUGGUUAAGGAUUCUUAAACGCUAUCAUCCACCAAAUUCCAGCUCAAUAACUGGAAUAUUUAAAACAAAUGGCAGGAUAAGCAUAUCUAAUGUAGCUAUAUUGUCAGUUCGCUCUCGCCACACAGAAGCUUUAUCCUUUUUAAUUACAUCUUCA